AUGGCUACCCCUAGUGUCCUAGCUUUUGACGCUGAGGGUCGCGCCAUUGAUUUUGAGGUCUGGUUGGACGACCUGCAGCUGUUCUUACAGUGCGACAGGGCUGACGACCUUUCUCUCUUUGACCUCACCUCUGGCGCCUCUCCUGCUCCUGCUGCUGAUGCUGAUCCCGCUGUCCGCUCUAAGUGGGCCACCCGCGAUGCUGCUGCACGUCUUGCUGUGCGUCGCCACCUCCCUACCUCUGAGCGUGCGCACUUUAGUCAGUACAAGAGUGCUCAGACCUUGUACGACGCUGUAGUUGCGCGCUACUCCUCCCCUGCCACUGCUGCACUGAGCCGUCUCAUGCUUCCCUACCUCUUUCCUGACCUCUCUGCCUUUCCCACUGUCGCUGACCUCAUUACGCACCUCCGCACUAGUGACACUCGCUACCGCGCCGCCCUUCCUGCUGAGUUCUGCGCUAAGAACCCCCCCCCCAUGUACAUCGCUCUCUACUACGUAGUCGCACGCCUCCCUGACUCCCUUCGCGUCGUCAGGGACCACUUUCUCGCAGUCUGUCCCACCACUCUCACCGUCGACCUCCUCGAGAAGGCCCUCCUUGCAGCGGAGAAGAGCAUAGUCGCUGUAGGUGCUUCUCGUGGUGACCCUCGCACCCCCAUCUUUGAGGGGUGCUCUCCUUCCCCCUUGCUGCCCUCUGUUGCCUCUGCUGCUGCUGCCGACCUGCUUGGUCUUGAGUCGGUCGGCGCGGCGUCUGCCCCUAGUGGGAGACGUCGCUCCAGCAAGGGCAAGGGGGGCAAGGGCGCGGGUGGAGCUAGAGGGGGCGGUGGCGGUGGCGGCGGUGGCGGCGGAGGGAGUGGGGGUGGCGGCGGGGCUAGUGGCGGGGGUGGUGGUGGUGGUGGCGGCAGCAGCGGCGGAGACGGUGGUGGUGGUGCCAGCGGUGGUGGUGGAGGCAGUGGCGGAGGUGGAGGCGGCGGAGGUGGAGGCAGUGGAGGCGGCAGCGGAGGAGGCAGUAGUGGUGGAGGAGGUGGAGCUGGUCGGGGUGGUACCCAGCAGCGUAGCGGCGGUGGUGGUGGCCAGCGCUCGCACCGGCAGCAGCAGCAGCGCUCGCGGGACAUCCCUUCGCCUCAGCAGCUUCGUGAGUGGUACGCUGGGCGUCAGAGGGGUGGGGGUACUGGUCCCUGCACCUACGUUCUUCGUUCCGGCGACCGCGCGGGUGAGCAGUGUGGGGGUGCCCACGCCACCCAGCGCUGCUUUGGCCGCCUGACGGACGCUUGGCGUCAGCAGUUCCCUGGGGCUAGUGAGAUCCCUCGCUGGGAUGAGCUUCUCAGGGCUGGUGUAGCGAUCUUUGAUCUUGAUUUUGAUGCUAUCCUUACUGCUAUGUAUGUUGUGGAUUAUAGUGAGGAGAAUGAGGGUUACCGGUGUUUUCAGCCCGACCCGGGCAUUGGUACUGCUGCGCUAGGUGCUUGUGAGGCUGCUGCUCUAGGUGCCAGUGCGUCUGCGCUCUCAGGUACUGGUGAGACUGCGCUCUCAGGUACUGAGUCGUCCUCGUCCUCCCUCACUUUCACACUUGACUCCGGAGCUUCUCGCUCCUUCUUUCGAGACCGCACUACCCUUUCGCCGCUCGCCAGGCCGGUUGCGGUCUCCCUUGCUGACCCCUCUGGGGGUCCUGUCCUGUCUCACUUCUCCACUGUCCUCCCGUGUCCGGCUGCCCCUUCGGGCACCCUGUCGGGUCUGUACCUUCCCUCGUUCUCUACGAACUUGGUGAGUGGAGCGGACCUGCAGGAUGGGGGUGUUCACCAGUUCACUCCUGCGCGUCAGAGGGUGACCCACUGCACGGAGGCUCGCACAGGCCGACACCUGGCCACGUUCUCACGUCGGCCGGGGUCGAGUCUCUACACCCUGACCGUUGAGUCUCCUCCUGUCCCUGCGUCUGGUCAGGUGGCUGCGUCGGGUCAGGUACUUGCUGCUGCGUCCCGGUCAGGUCCUGAGUCUGCCCCCUGUUCUUGUCGCCUCCUGUCUCACGAGACUCUCCUGUGGCACCACCGUCUUGGCCACCCCUCCUUGCCCCGUCUUCGGAGCAUGGCUUCCCGUGUCCUUGUCUCUGGUCUUCCCCAGUCUCUCCCUCCUCUCCCCUCCGGGCCAGGACCUUCCUGUGUCCCCUGUGUCGAGGGUCGCCUCCGGGCUACUCCUCACUCCUCCCACUUCCCCCCGACAGAGGCUCCCCUGCAGACGCUUCACAUGGAUGUGUGGGGCCCAGCCCCCGUCCGUGGGCAGGGUUACGAGCGCUACUUCCUGUUGGUGGUUGACGACUACUCGCGUUACACCACAGUCCUCCCCUUGCGCAGCAAGGGUGCGGUCACUGAGGUGCUGAUCGAAUGGAUCCGCGAGGCUCGUCUCCAGCUCAGGAAGAGCUUCGGCUCGGACUUUCCUGUUCUGCGUCUGCACUCUGACAGAGGCGGAGAGUUCUCUUCUCGCCUUCUGCGAGACUACUGUCGUGCACGGGGGAUCCACCAGACCUUCACGCUUCCGGACUCACCACAGCAAAAUGGGAUUGCUGAGCGCCGCAUUGGCAUGGUCAUGGAUGUCGCUCGUACGUCCAUGAUGCAUGCAGCUGCCCCCCAUUUUCUGUGGCCGUUUGCGGUGAGGUACGCGGCGCAUCAGCUCAACCUUCACCCCCGGGUCUCUCGGCCAGCGAUGUCCCCAGCCUUGCUGUGGACGGGGAAGGUUGGCGAUGCGUCUGUGUUCCGUGUCUGGGGAUCUCGGGCGUUUGUCCGCGACUUGUCUGCGGACAAGCUGUCCCCUCGUGCUGCUCCCUGUGUCUUCCUUGGCUUCCCCACUGACGCCCCAGGGUGGCAAUUUUACCACCCCUCCUCUCGUCGUGUUCUGUCCUCCCAGGACGUCACGUUCGACGAGUCAGUCCCCUUCUACCGUCUCUUCCCCUACCGCACUCCUUCCCUCCCCCCUCCCCCGGACUUCCUUGUGCCGGUUCCCCCCCCGGUAGACCCCCUCCCCCCUCAGGUUCCUGCCCCCUCAGGUGUGUCCCAGGUAGACGCCGUUGACCCGGUCGAGGUUACUGGUGACUCUGGUGCUGCUGCGGGUGCUGAGCCUGGGGGUGCUGACUCUGGGGGUGCUGUGCGCGGGGGUGCUGAGCCUGGGGGUGCUACUGCUGGGGGUGCUGGGCCUGAGGGUGCUACUGCGGAGGGUGCGGAGCCUGGGGGUGCUGAGCCGGGGGGUGCUGUGCCUGGAGGUGCUGGGUCUGGGGGUGCUGGGUCGAGAGCUGCUGAGCCUGGGGGUGCUGAGCUGGGAGCUGCUGAGCCUGGGGGUGCUGCGUCUGGAGCUACUGAGCCUGGGGUUUCUCCUGCUGCUGCGUCUCGCCGGGAGCCCCUCUCUCCACAGGAGCUGCGCGAGUGGUUCGCUCGCCGCUGGAGGCGUGCUGCUGAGUCUGGAGGUGCUGCUGGAGCUGGAGCUGGAGCUUCUUCGACCGUCGAGGGUGCGGGUGCAGCCGGUCCCGGAGCUGCUGGCCCUGCAGGUCCUCCUGGAGCUGGAGCUGCUGAGGGCGUUCGUGCUGAGCCUGCUGCUGUUGGUCCUGCCGCUGGAGGUGUGGGUGGCGCUGGUGCUGUCGCUGAGGGUGCUGGUGCUGUCCCUGCUGAGUCUGGAGCUGCCGCGCGGCCUCGGCCGUACUUCGUUCCGCUCCUUCAGCAGGUUCUUGGUCUUUCUCCUCCAGUAGAGGGUCCACCGCCUGUCCAGUCGCAGCCCCUACUGGAGCCUUCCUCUCCGCUGCCUGCUCCCUCUCCUUACACUGGUCCUACUGGAGGUCUUGCUGAGCGUCGUGAGCCUGCGUCUCGUCCCGCGUCGCCUGUUCGUGCUGCUCGCGCUAGUGGUCGCAGUUCGCGUCAGCGUCCUCCUCCUGUCCCUGGCACGCACCGGAUGUCUUUGCGUCCGUCCACUGCUCCUCUGCGUGCCCCUUUGCCUUCUCCUCCUGAGUCCUCUCUUCCUGCGCUUGCGGACCCUGAGUCGGACUCUCUUCGUGCUGCCAGUCCCACUGUCACGCGUCUGCUUGCUACUGUCGUCACUGACCCCUCUUUUGAGUCCACUGCUGCGUCUGCUCUAGUCGCUGAGCUCGUCGACUUUGCUGCUCGCUGUCGUCUCGACUACGCUGCUAGUCUUGUUGCUGAGUCUGCGUCUGUCUGUCCUCCGUCCGUCGGGGGUGAGUGUGCUCUUGGCACAGACGUCCUAGAGGACAGGCAGGAGGAGUUACAGUGUCUAGCGGCUGCUUCACCUCAUCUCGCGUCUGUACUGCUUGCCCCUGAGGGAGACCCGGAUGCACUAGACAUCCCGACUCCGCGUUCUUACGCGGAGGCCAAGUCCACAGGCACCUACGUUGACGCGGUUCCCCCUCCUGGGGCGAACAUCGUCAGUGGCAUGUGGAUCUUCAGGGUGAAGCGGCCGCCGGGCUCUCCACCUGUCUUCAAGGCACGGUACGUUGCUCGUGGCUUCAGUCAGCGGCAGGGAGUUGACUACUUUCAGACCUUCUCUCCCACCCCGAAGAUGACUACUCUUCGGGUGCUGCUGCACAUAGCCGCUCAGCGCGACUACGAGCUUCACUCUCUCGACUUCAGCACUGCGUUCUUGCAGGGUAGCCUGCACGAGGAGAUCUGGCUUCGCCGUCCACCUGGCUUCACUGGGACUUUCCCUCCUGGCACCCAGUGGAGCCUCCGACGGCCAGUCUACGGUCUCCGCCAGGCACCGCGUGAGUGGCACGACACACUGAGGACUACGCUUGCGGCUCUUGGGUUUGCUCCUUCUACUGCUGACCCGUCGCUGUUUCUUCGCACCGACACUUCCCUGCCGCCGUUCUACAUCCUCGUGUACGUCGACGACCUGGUCUUUGCCACAGCGGACACUGCUGGACUCGCCUACGUGAAGUCCGAGCUGUUGAAGAGACACACGUGCACAGACCUGGGUGAACUGCGCAGCUACCUUGGCUUGCAGAUCACUCGGGACAGAGCACGCCGCACCAUUACCUUGACUCAGUCACACAUGGUGCAGCAGGUCCUUCAGCGCUUCGGCUUCACGUACUCCUCGCCUCAGGCCACUCCUCUGCCUACUCGCACUCACUCUCAGCUCUGCCUUCGGAUGAGUCCACCGGAGCACAUGGCUGCAGCGAAGAGGGUAUUGCGCUACCUGUGCAGUACGUCAGGCAUGGGGCUAGUGCUUGGAGGGCGGGGUCCAGUGGUCCUUACCGGCCACGCGGACGCGUCUUGGGCUGACGACCAGGCUACGCAGCGGUCGUCACAGGGUUACACCUUCAGCCUUGGUUCCGGCUCUGUCUCGUGGCGGUCUACUCGCUCGUCUUCGGUUCUCGGCUCCAGUUGUGAGGCUGAGAUCUACGCCGGGGCCAUGGCUGCACAGGAGCUUCGCUGGCUCACCUACCUUCUGACUGACCUUGGAGAGCCGCCUCGUUCUCCUCCAGUGCUGUACGUAGACAACAAGGCCAUGCUGGCCUUGUGUCGAGAGCAGCGCUUGGAGCACAGAACGAAGCACAUUGCUCUCCGCUACUUCCUUGCUCGUGAGCUGCAGCAGCGUGGUCAGUUGCGACUUGCGUACGUGGCCUCUGAGGCCAACACUGCUGAUGUGUUCACCAAGGCACUUGCGCCUUGUGACCAUCAGCGCUUCUGCACCCAGCUGGGUCUUGUGCCUGUCUUGCCUCACUUGCUCUCCUCUUGA